GUUGUAAGCGGUGUAAACAAAGAACAAAAUGCAAGAUGAUGAAGCCGAAGGGUCUGACAGUGACUGUUUGAAGGAAGACACUUCAAGUUCCGAAGGAGAAUAUCCAGUUUAUGACAAAAUUCGUCCAUCAUCUAGUCUUGCAACAGUGCUGCCUGAGGUUGAUGUGUCAAAAUGGAGUCCAAAGGGCCCUGCUUGUCUCCAGUAUCUGUGCUUAGUACCUUUUGUAUCAAUUUACAAUCCAGAAUAUCAACAGAGUUCAUCAGCAAGAAAGGUCAAAAUAUCUGUUGUUCACAGAAAAAGACGAAUGAAAGAGAUCACUGGAAGAACAAAUUGCAGAAAUAUUCUUGAUGAAAGAAGAUUGAGAAAUGCUGCCAAUGAAAAUGACUUUGAAACAGUUGUUGAAUUACUUGAAGGAGGUGUUGAUGUUUGUAAUGCUGAUGAAAAGAAAAGAACAGCACUUCAUUUUUCUUCUUCUCAAGGCAAUGAUAAAAUAGUGAAAGCAUUGCUGGACAAAGGUGCCAAUCCAAAUCUGAAAGAUCUACUUGGAAAUACACCACUGCAUCUAGCUGCUUGUACUGGAAAAGUGCCAACAGUUACUCUGCUGCUUAAAGCAGGUACAGAUAUAAAGUCAGUAGAUAACUUCGGCAGAACUCCUAUAACUUUAGCCAAAUCAAGGUUGAAGUUCCUUGUAGAAGACAAAACAUACUCAUCUCAGAGAGUGAAAGAUGAAGCUUUAGAGGUAACAGACAUGAUGAAGACUUUUCUGAAUAUUUCUGGUCAGACAGAAAAUGCUGGACAGUUAGAGGAACUCUGUGAUAGACUGAAACAAGUAUCAACACGUGAGGAUGUCGAUCAUGUCAACCAGCUUUUGUCAAACUUUGCCAGUCUGGCUAUUGAAAAGAAUGGCAGUGUAACAUGACAGGAGAUAUAAAAUCUCAUCUAUUUUUCAUGUGUCUUUCAAUAUCCCACAAUGGGCAACAGGGUUUCAAAGGAUAUUGCUAUACAUAAGGCUAUAAGUUAUAUGUGGUAUGAAUUAAAUUAUAUGUAUUCACAUAAAACUAUAGAAAAAUCAUAUGGAUGAUUCAGUUAAUGUUUAACAGAGGUGAAUACUCAUCCUUUUUUUUUUAAAUGUUUUGAAAAUCUUUUUUAAUCUUUUUUUAAAUGCAGAAAUGAAGAAGAAAUUAUGUGAACAAAUGUCUCAAAAUAUAAAAUGUUAAAAUGUUGUCAAAUUUUAUUCUGGGUUGAUUUUAAUUGUAAUAGUUGUGUAAAUACAUUUUAGUUACUGUAAAUUCAGAAAUUAUUGCGAGAUUUUUUUAUUAAUGCGAACAAUGCGACUUGGAGAGUAUCGCAAUAAUAAGAACUCACAUUCUGACAUCUCAUACAUAUAUUUGUAUGCAGAUUUUCCUGAAAUCGCAAUAAUUUAUCUAGCAUUUUUGUCCAUUCUUCAAAAUUCACAAUGAUAAAUGCACACAAUAAUUUCUGAAUUUACAGUAAUGGCUGCCAUUUUUAAAUACCUCAGAAAAAGGUUAUAAGAAACAUGAACAUUGCAUUUGCUUAAUACAUAUAUAUAAGUAAAAUGAUUUUUUAUCCAACAUUUGGAUAUUACUGAUUCUCUGGAUAUGCAACAGAGAAAUGUACCCACAGAAAUGUAAAAAAAUACAACAAUAAAUUUGAUUAAAAACUGUCA